AUGCAUCCUAACCUAUUGACAACAAUACGAACGUUAAAACUCAUCGAAGGAUGCAAAGGCACGGCUCUCAACCCUCCUCCUCCUCCACCUCCUCCCUCCACCACCGAAAAAGCCGGCGAAAAGCUGUUUCAGCAUCUCCAAGACCACCUCCUAGUCAACUCGUUCUGUUCCAAAUCCACACGAACAUACCCACCUCCAAACCAUAACGCCGUCGUUUCAAAAGACUCUCUCCUCCCUUACGGACUCCCCAACACGGACCUCCUCGAACCGCAGAUAGAACCUUCUCUCAAAUUCGUUGACUUGAUCGACAAGCUAGCCGAAAUCUACCGUAAAAUCGAAAACUGCUCCCAGUUGGAGAAAUCCGACGCUUAUCUAGAGCAAUGCGUGAUCUUCCGAGGCUUAUCGGAUUCAAAACUUUUCAGGCGGAGUCUCCGGUUAGCUAGGCAACACGCCGUUAACGUUCAUACGAAAGUUGUUUUAGCUUCUUGGCUACGUUAUGAGAGGAGGGAAGAUGAGCUAAUAGGGACAACAUCGAUGGAUUGCUGUCGAAGAAACCUUGAAUGCCCUAAAGCGAGUCUUGUUACCGGGUACGACCCGGAACGGGUAUACGAUCCAUGUAUAUGUUCAGCGUUCAACGUUGGUGAUGUUGAUGUUGAAGAAUGUUCGACGUCAGAGGUUGAUUACGACAUGUCUUUCUUUAUAGGUGAUGAUGAAGUUCCUUGCGUGAGGUCCAAGUUUGCGUCUUUAUCUACACCCUUUAAGGCUAUGUUAUACGAUGGGUUUAGCGAGACGACACGGAGCAGUAUCAACUUCAAGGAGAACGGAGUCUCUGUGGAAGGGAUGAGAGCUGCUGAGGUUUUUAGUAGGGUUGGAAAAGUUGACAUGUUUCCUCCUAAUGUUGUCUUGGAGCUACUCACAUUCGCGAACCAGUUCUGCUGCGACGAGUUGAAGUCAGCUUGCGACAUGUUUUUGGCUCGUUUUGUUAGUAAUCUCGAUGAUGCGGUGUUGUUGAUAGAGUACGGUUUGGAGGAGGGCGCGUGCCUUCUUGUGGGUUCUUGUCUUCAGGUUUUUCUUAGAGAGUGUCCAAGCUCGAUGCGUAAUCCGAACGUUGUCAAGAUUUUAUGUAGUGCCGAGGGACGGGAGAGGCUGGCCUUGGUUGGGCAUGCUUCGUUUACGUUGUAUCUCUUCUUAAGCCAGAUUGUUAUGGAAGACGAUAUGAGAUCAAACACAACUGUAAUGGUGUUAGAAUGUUUAGUCGAAUAUGCAGCGGAAACAUGGCAGAAGCAGCUCGCUUGUCACCAGUUAGGUGUUGUGAUGCUUGAGAGGAAAGAAUAUAAAGAUGCUCAGAAAUGGUUUAACUCAGCUGUCAAAGCAGGUCAUGUUUACUCCCUCGUUGGUGUAGCAAGGUCUAAGUUUAAGCGUGGACAUCGAUACUCGGCUUAUAAGACCAUGAACUCGUUGAUUUCGGAUAGCUCAGCUACUGGAUGGAUGCACCAAGAGAGGUCUUUGUACUGCAGCGGUGAAGAGAAGCUGCUUGAUAUAGACAAUGCCACUGAUUUGGACCCAACUUUGACUUUCCCUUACAAGUUCAGGGCAGUGUCAUUGGUCGAGGAGAGUCAGCUUGGUGCUGCGGUCGCGGAACUGAACAAGAUUCUAAGGUUUAAAGUCUCUCCUGACUGUUUAGAGAUGCGGGCGUGGAUUUCUAUAGCUAUGAAGAACUAUGAAGGUGCUUUGAAAGAUAUUCGAGCGCUUUUGACGUUGGAGCCGAAUUUCUUGAUGUUUGACAAGAAGAUUCAUGGUGAUCAUAUGGUGGAACUCCUCCGGCCAUUGGUCCAGCAAAGGAACCAGGCUGAUUGUUGGAUGCAGCUUUAUGAUCGUUGGUCUUCUGUUGAUGAUAUUGGAUCUCUAGCUGUAGUUCAUCAUAUGCUGGAGAAUGAUCCUGGGAAGAGUCUUUUGCGUUUCAGACAGUCUCUUCUUCUCUUAAGGCUAAAUUGUCAAAAGGCAGCAAUGCGUAGCCUUAGGCUGGCUCGGAACCAUUCAAAGUCGGAGCAUGAGAGACUUGUGUAUGAAGGAUGGAUAUUGUAUGACACAGGUCACCGUGAGGAAGCUCUGGCCAAGGCAGAGGAAUCUGUUUCCAUACAAAGAUCUUUCGAAGCCUAUUUCCUUAAAGCUUAUGCUCUUGCAGACUCAUCACUCGAACCCGAGUCCUCAAAGUAUGUCAUCCAGCUUCUUGAAGAAGCACUUCGGUGUCCAUCAGAUGGUCUCCGUAAGGGACAAGCUUUGUACAACCUAGGAAGUGUAUAUGUUGACUGUGGUAAGCUGGAUCUUGCAGCUGAUUGCUACAAGAACGCACUAACCAUCAAGCACACACGAGCUCACCAAGGCCUAGCUCGUGUUUACAAUCUGAAAAGCCAAAGGAAAGAUGCGUAUAAUGAGAUGACAAAGUUGAUAGAGAAAGCUCAGAACAACGCAUCGGCCUUUGAAAAGCGGUCAGAGUAUUGUGACCGAGAGAUGGCACAGAGAGACCUAGUGAUGGCAACACAGCUAGAUCCUCUGAGAACUUACCCUUAUAGAUACAGAGCCGCAGUUUUUAUGGACGACCAUAAAGAAAAUGAAGCCAUUGAAGAGCUAUCCAAAGCUAUAGCCUUUAAAUCUGACCUCCAGCUGUUACAUCUCCGAGGAGCAUUCUUCGCUUCAAUGCGUGAAACUACAGACGCUAUCAGAGACUGUGAAGCAGCUCUGAGUCUUGAUCCAUGCCACAAAGAUACCAUCAACCUCUAUCACAAAAUACGUGAACCACAGUCAUAA